AUGUCCCUUAGUCGUCGUGACCUAGCUUUAGCAGGCGUCGGCUUAUUUAUUGCCUGGGGCCUCGUGGUUCGCGAGCUGCCGAUUCUCCGAUAUCUAGGAUAUGCCGUGACACUGGGUGCCGUGCUAUCUUCCUUGGGUCUUCUGGGACUUGUCACAUUGACAAUUCGAAAACACAAUGACAAAUACGACACCAAAAACGUUUCUGUGGCUUUCAUAAAACCUGAGCAUUGGCGGAAGGAAGUGCUUAAUGUCCGACGAAGCACUCGAUACCGGGCCCGGCCCCUCUAUCCUCAGUCGUUUGUUGUAUCAGAGGGUAUCGACGAGCUUCUAUCCUUCAUUACACGAGACUUUGUUUCCUCGUGGUACCACAACAUCAGUCCGAGCCCAACAUUCGCAAACGAAGUCGAUCGGACGAUUCGGAUCGCUCUUGAUAACCUACGGGAUAGGUUGAUGGAUGAGGACAUGAUAUCGCUGGUGAUAUCGCGGAUAUUUCCGAUCGUAACUUCGCACUUGAAGGAAUUUGAUGUGGCUGAAAGGUCGGUCCGGGGGCGCAACCUGAAUCGCAAUGUGACCGAGUCCGGCGAGCUAGAUCUGGCAAUCGCGAAGAAGUAUCGCGAAGGCCGUUUACAUCCAGCUGUUUCCCUGUCCCUUUCCGAUCAAAAGGGCGUUCAACAGGAGUAUCUGCGCAAGCUGGCGGUCGGGUUGUUGCCCCAAUUAUUUCCAGGGAGUGUGCUGAACAGUCGAAUUGUGUCAGUCAUGAUUCGUGAAAUCAUUUCGUGCGCUGUGCUUCUUCCAAUAGUCACAGCAUUGUCUGAUCCAGACACAUGGAAUCAAUUAAUGGAAGCCUAUGGUCGUACAGCUCUGCAGGACAGAAAGACCGUACGUAAAUUACGUGCUGCAUUGGACGAGCAUGCAUCGCCUGCGCCCAAAUCCAAGCGCGGACAACCAUUUCCACGACUCUCGGUAACCGAUUCAGAGAGAGCCUUUGAGCGUUUCGUCAGGGCAAUCAGGAAAUGCAAUAAUCUCUCCGAUGCGCGCCGCUUCCGUGCUCUGGUUUCCAGCCAAUUGAAGCAAGAGAGUGCGAUUGAGGGCCAAGAUCAGGUUUACUUGCGGCGAUUGGAAACAGGCAAACGGCUGCUGGACCAAAAAGUGGCCAAACUCGCCAAAACCGGCAAUGAUUCUGAUGUGCCACCAUCUUUGGAUCUCCGACCUGAGAACAUUAGCCCUGCAACGCAUGAAACGUCACUGGUUGACGUGAUGCACAGCGCUUCCGGGUUGUCUUACUUCAUGGAGUUCAUGGACCGCCAAAAGCUAAUGUCCCUUGUCCAGUUUUGGAUUGUCGUAGACGGGUUCCGCAAUCCUCUAGAAGAUGACUUUGGAGAUGAGGCAGCACCCAGCUCAAUCACGUGGCAGCCAGCAGAUAGAAAUGACCUUGCUCUCAUCAGUGAAUCCUAUCUCUCAAAGCCGGAGCUGAAGGUCUCCGACGAGUCUCGCCGAACAGUCAAGGCUUUUUUAAGUGCCGGAAAGCGAGCAACUUCGGAACAGUACCGCAAAGCACGGAUGGUUGUCUUGACUACUCAGUCUACUAUUCUGGAGCAUCUACAAGAGAAGUACUAUCCAAAAUUCAAAGAAUCCGAUCUGUAUUGGAAGUAUAUUGCCUCAGAUGAAGCAUCCGCGACCACACAACCGCUGGCCCGUCAAUCGUCCCCAAUAUCAGUCACCUUUGAAAUUCCGGAGAGACGCGCUCUUCCUCCUUUAUUAUCACGAGCCUCCUCUCAGCCGGGUCUGAGACCUUCAAAGGAUCUUCGGCGAGCUGCAGUUUCAUCGAGUGAUGUCCGGAGCCUGGGAAAAUUAUUUGACGACGAUGAUUCACCACGACGAUCCAUAGAUUCAGAACGAUCUGGUCUUUUUGACGACGACUAUGAUACAGACAACCUGGCUACAUCUACCCAUAGUUUGGGUAAAGAUUCUCAAAAUGGAGAGAAUGAAACCAGUCAAAGCCAAGUCCUCGAAACCAUGGAGGCAGCGCUCAAUGAUAUCAUUACCAGCGAGCCUAAGAACGGCAAACUUGAAGACCUCAAAGGAGAUUCUUCUGGGCUGUUUGGACCGGAGCGACCUGAUACUGCACGCAAAUUGUCCGAGACUUCUCAGGUAGACAAUCGUGGCAAUGAAAAGAUGAGGAAAAGCAUUGCGUCACUCGGUCUGGUCGGCCAAGGAUCACGAAAUGGUGUAUUUGAUGAUGAAUUAUUCCCGGAUCAACAGAAGUUCAUUGAGGAUGAAUAUGAAGAACCGGAAGGAGCCGAUGAAAAGGAUUUAGCAGAUGAAGUGCAUGAAGCCGCCCCGGGUGACCUUGGUCUGACAGAGGCAAUUGAGGCUUUGUCGGUGGAUAUCGACAAGCUUGCAGCUCAGGACGCUGUUGUCGAAGCAUUGACACGCAAAGCUGAGCUGACAAACAACACGGCGGAAUUGCGGAUCCUGCGCAAGUCUAAGGCUAGCAUUCAGCGUGAAAUGCACCGCAAGGAAAUGCAGCGGCAGCAAUAUAUUCUUCAGGAAAGCGAUAACAGUCUCUAUGGACGAUCGACUGUCAGCCUGAAGUCUACAGUUGUAGGCAAGGAGGAGGAUGAUGGCCGUGAAUACGCAAUGUAUGUUGUGGAGGUUCAGAGAAAUGCGGGAGAGCAAAUGCCCGCUGCAUCCUGGGUCGUUGCACGAAGAUACAGCGAGUUUCACGAUCUGCAUCAAAAACUCCGCCAGCGCUAUCCCUCCGUCCGGCAUUUGGAGUUUCCUCGCCGACGCGUCGUCAUGAAGUUACAGAAAGAGUUUCUUCACAAACGACGACUCGCUCUCGAAGCCUACCUGAGAAACCUUCUUCUUCUGCCAGAUGUCUGCCGUAGCCGCGAUCUUCGAGCGUUCUUAUCCCAACGCGCGAUUCUGCCCCACAAAGAGAAUUCCCGCGACAGCGAAAGCGAGUCAAAAGACCUAGUUACCCGAAUCUACAACUCCGUCACGGACGGCAUGGACGACUUCCUCGGCAAUUUCGGUGUCUUGGAUCAGCUAUCCACUGCCGGCCAAAAUCUCAUAUCCGCUGCAACACAGCAAGCCGGCAAUGUCACAACGCCAGACAGCAGUCUCGCAACUGAAGACGCAGUAACUGCCGCCGAAGCAGAAGCAGAAUUGAACGCCUUCGAAGACCGUGAACUCGAACCCUUCAUCAAACCCAUCUGUGAUUUCUUCCUUGAAGCCUUCGAGCUAAACCGCGGCAACAAUUGGCUGCGCGGCCGGGCCGUCGUCGUUGUUCUGCACCAGCUCCUUGGCGGCACGAUCGAGCGCAAAGUCCGAGACGGAGCUCGCGGCCUUGUCCAAGAUGAUUCGCUGCUAAAGUACCUUGCUCUCGCUCGUGAUACUAUGUGGCCUGGUGGAGUGCUCCGUAAAGUGCCUCCGCGCUCGGCGGCAGAUCGUCUCAACAGUCGGGCUGAGGCGACUGUGGUUUUGGCUACUCUUAUUCCUGAUCUGGCGGGUAAUGUUGUUGGUAGAGCGAAUGCUCAAGCUGCUGCAAGGCGCAUUUUCGCAACGCUCAACAAUCAGCAUCUUAACACCCAUUUGAUCUUCACUAUUAUUGAUGAGAUCUUUUUAGUUCUCUUCGGUAUGCCGUCUGGGCGUGCUCGUUGA